AAUCCGUUACGAAUAAUGAAGUUGUCAUUGUCAACUAUUCAAAGAAUUGCAAUGUCGUGUCGUACUGAAGGUCCCGCAAAAGGCUCGGAAAAGUUCAUAAAAAGUGUUUUUGCUCGCAGCAUUUUUGAUUCGCGUGGAAACCCCACUGUAGAAGUGGACCUUAUCACAGAAUUAGGCUUGUUCAGAGCUGCAGUACCAUCUGGAGCCAGUACGGGGGUUCAUGAAGCUUUGGAGCUACGAGAUGACAUCCCGGAUCAGUAUUUGGGAAAAGGCGUGUCUAAAGCUGUGGAAAAUGUGAAUAAUUCCAUUGGUCCUGAACUGGUGAAGCAGGACUUUGAUGUAACUCAGCAAGAGGAGAUCGAUGAGUUUAUGAUUAAUCUUGAUGGAACCGAGAAUAAAUCCAAAUUUGGUGCCAAUGCAAUUCUGGGCGUUUCUUUGGCGGUUUGCAAAGCUGGAGCUGCAAAACGCGGAUUACCACUCUACCGACAUAUCGCCGAUCUAGCUGGAAAUAAAAACCUCAUCCUGCCAGUCCCGGCAUUCAAUGUUAUUAAUGGAGGCUCACACGCAGGCAACAAGUUAGCUAUGCAGGAAUUUAUGAUUCUUCCAACGGGAGCUUGCUCGUUCACAGAAGCUAUGAAGAUGGGCAGCGAAACCUACCACACCCUCAAGAAAAUCAUCAAAGACAAAUACGGGCUUGAUGCUACUGCCGUAGGUGACGAGGGAGGAUUCGCCCCUAAUAUAGCCAACCCUAAAGACGCUUUAACCAUCCUUAAUGACGCCAUCGCCAAAGCUGGAUACACUGGAAAAAUUGAAAUUGGCAUGGAUGUGGCAGCUUCAGAGUUCUUCAAAGACGACCUGUACGAUCUUGACUUCAAAAACCCCAAAAGUGACAAAAAGAAUUGGAUUAAAGGGGAAAAACUGAUGGGAAUGUAUCAAGAAUGGAUCAAAAACUACCCGAUUGUGUCGAUAGAAGACCCGUUUGAUCAGGACCAUUUCGAAGCCUGGAGCUUAAUGAAGAGUUGCACCAGCAUUCAAAUUGUUGGUGACGAUCUCACUGUCACCAAUCCAAAGCGCAUACAAAUGGCUAUAGAUAAGGACGCUUGCAACUGUUUGCUACUCAAAGUCAAUCAAAUUGGUACGGUAACUGAAGCAAUCAGAGCGCAUUUAUUGGGCAAGCAAAAUGGUUGGGGCACGAUGGUUUCCCAUAGAUCUGGAGAAACUGAAGAUACUUUCAUAGCGGAUUUGGUGGUUGGACUGUCCACAGGACAAAUUAAAACAGGAGCACCUUGUCGCUCAGAACGCUUGGCAAAGUACAACCAAAUUUUGAGGAUUGAAGAGGAGCUGGGGCCUAAUGUGCGAUAUGCUGGAAAAGCAUUCAGAAGACCAUCCUGCUAAUUGUGAAUCUGCUGGGUUGUUUUAUCAUUUUCAAGAAAUAUCAUGGGAAAUUUCUGUAAAAGUUUUUUUGAUAAGUGGGCCAAAAACAAAAUUUUCUGUAAAAGUCAUGGCAAUAAAACUUACAAUUGUA